GUAAAAUUGUAUCUACAACAACUGGUGUGUAUAUUAUAUACUUGUUAUACAAAAUUACUACUUUAAGCCCAAAUAAAUUUGAAAUAGUAAGCCAAAAAACCUUGCCAAGUCAAUGGGAUCUUCCAACUGAACAAAUGAUAAAUCUUUUGCCUAAUAAUUUCCUAUUUAUUGAAAUUUGC